AUGGAUGUGUUGCUCUUGGCUUUCUACCUACCAGCUAGGUCACAUUCUGGUCCAGCCUCAAGAGAUAGUAUACAUCAGCUUCUGUAUUGCCGUGUUGGGAUUGGUUACCACCUGCAGAUCCUAACCAAUGGGAGUGUAGGGGGUGUUCAUGAACCAACUGAGUACAGUUGGUUGGGGGUGUUUGCAAUGAAGCCUGGAGUAGUGGGCAUAAGAGGUACAAAGAGCAGACUGUAUUUAUGCAUGAACGAAGAAGGAAUCGCCAAAGGAAUGAAAGAAUUUUCAUCUGACUGCCUGUUCAAGGAACACCUGGAGGAGAAUCAUUACACCACCUACUCGUCCGCGGCUUACCCAAACUUGUACCUGGCUGUGUCCCACCGAGGGCGACUGAAGAGGGGCAGUACGGUGAACCCACGCAAGGCCUGCACCCACUUCCUGCCCCGCAUGGCUAAACAGCAGCACUUUAACUAG